GAGGAGGAGAAAAAGCGCCUAAAGCUACCAGAUCUAAACAACCCGUUAAUAAAGCUAGAAAGGCAAAACACCGACGUGACAACUUUCAAAAAGAUCGGCAACGAACGGAACGGAAGGGAAGCUUAAAGGCCGAGAGAGCUCAGUUCUCAGCUCCUUUUGUAAAGAGCCGCCCAGCCAGUCCAGUCCAGUCCGCGCGACCUGCCAAAAGCGCACCAGAAAAUAAGGGGGGAAGCUUCACGUUCUCCCUCCCUUUCGUCCCGUCUCGUCCUUCACCCGUCGCUUUCCCUCCCUUCCUCUCUCUCUCUCUCUCUUUUUCUCUCCGUGAAGCUGAAGAAGCGCUCUUCGGGAGGAGGGAGGAGAGAAACGACGACGCGGAAUCCCGAUCGGUUCCGCGGGCGCGGCGCGGCACAUGGCGACGCCGCAUUGAAUGCGGGCGACAGUCCCCCCCAGCAUCGCGUCUCCACGCAUUUUGCUCCCGCUUCGCCUCCGCCCCUCCUCUCCGUUAGAACAGUAAUCGGCUACGGCGGCGGCGACGGCGACGUCCAUGUCGCGGCGGCUCCUCCUCCGGAUUCCCGUUCUGCCGUCCUACUCCUCCGCCGGAGCGUCCGGAUCCGUGUCCACUUCCGGUCAACGCCCCCCGGCAGCCGUGAUUCGGUAGUCGGAUACGCUGAUCGGGAGGGUCGGGCGUCGGAGUCGGUUUUCGCUCUUCCGGAAUCUGCGGUUUUCCGUUGGAGAGCUCGACUGAGCUCGGCUGCCGGCCGGCUCGGAGCCGGAGGUGCGGAGUUGGUUUUUUGGCCGGUUUCGGGGCGCGCUAGGGUUGGGUUUUGAUUGCGGGGGUGAGGAAUGGAGGCGAGGAUGAAGAAGUAUCGGCAAGUGAGCCCGGAGAGGGCGAAGGUGUGGACGGAGAAGUCGCCCAAGUACAUCCAGAACAGGAAGGUGCCCGUCGUUUACUAUCUCUGCCGGAAUCGCCAGCUCGAGCACCCUCAUUUCAUCGAGGUGCCUGUCGCUUCGCCGGAAGGGCUCUAUCUGCGAGAUGUGAUUGAUCGGCUGAAUGUUCUUCGAGGCAGAGGAAUGGCGUCUAUGUAUUCAUGGUCUUCCAAGAGAAGCUACAAAAAUGGUUUCGUUUGGCAUGAUCUCUGCGAAGAUGACUUGAUCCUUCCAUCUAAUGGAAAUGAAUACGUCCUCAAAGGCUCGGAGCUUUUUGAUGAAUCUAAUUCAGAUCGUUUCAGUCCUGUCGUGAAUGUCGGCGUGAGGAAUUUGAAGCAAUUGCCAGCUCCACCUUCUUCUAGAAGUCAAGAUGAUUCAUCGUCAUCUUCAAGCUUGAAUGGAAAAGAAGCAAAACACUCUCAAGAGGAUGAACAUUCUUCUCCAGUUCAUCACACCGAUUCCACUGACGUUUCACCACAGUCAACAAAUGGAAAAGGCUCUGGUUGGAAUGGGUCUUUGAGCUUGACGGAGUACAAGGUGUAUAAGAAUGAGGGUUUAGCUGAUGCAUCAACUCAGACUGAAGAAGAUGUAAGCAGAGGUCAAACCAGAGAAACUUGUACUAGAGGAGUCUCUACUGAUGAUGGCUCGACUGAACGUGAAUGCAACGAUAGUUGCCAAACCAAGACCUCAUGCUCGAAGGAGACCUCUGAGAUUUCUAGUGAUGCAGUUUCCCCUCCGCCCACAUCGUCUAGUGCUUCUUCAUCGGGUGGAAAGACUGAAACUCUGGAAUCAUUGAUUAGAGCUGAUGCUAGCAAGAUGAACAGUUUUAGAAUUCUUGAAGAGGAAGAGAUCCGAAUGCCAACCAAUGCAAGGCUUAAAGCUACCAACAUGUUGAUGCAAUUAAUCUCGUGUGGAUCAAUAUCAGUGAAAGAUAACAGUUUUGGCUUAAUCCCAACUUACAGGCCCAGAUUUUCCCAUUCAAAAUUUCCAUCUCCUUUGUUUUCUACAUCAUUGAUGAUGGGGGAGCUCGAUUGCUUAUCAGAAAAUCCACGGUUGAUGGGCAUUAGGCUGGAAGAUAAGGAGUAUUUCAGUGGGAGCUUGAUAGAGACCAAGUUUCUCCGGGAGGAUGGAGAUGGACUUAGCUCUCUGAAGCGUUCCUCUUCCUACAAUGCUGGCCGGUCUGAUAAGCCAUUAGAUUCGGCUGGGGAAAGUGAGAAUGGACGGUCAAAAUGCAUACCCCUAUUGAUUAAAGCUUCAAUAGCUAAACAACCUCGAAGUGAGUCUAUGAGAUCCCCUCUCUCUGAUAAAGCAAGAAUUUCUUCAGACAGAGCAGAGAGCUCCAGAGCAUUAUUUGCCAACUCAUCGAAUGGUAACAGUAGAAGAAUCACUGAGCCUUCCCCAGAGAGCAACCCGUCAAAGAGAGACUCCGCCCUGGAGGAUGAGCAAGUGAUAAAAAUUGAAGAAAGCUUGCUUCAGGAGCUCGGGUUAUAAUCCAAUCUAAAGCACCUUCCCACAUCGAAGUUGGCAGCUGUUAAAGAGACUUAUAAAUCAUCAAAAGGUAAGAUGCACCGAUUCCACGUCGUCUCUGCUUGUGGGUGAAGCAUGUGAAACUUUUGGAAAAGCUUCAUUUGAAUUUUGAAUGCUACCCGAAUUGAGUUGGCGGGCCCUCUUGAUGAUACUCCAUACAUCUGGAAAGUUGAGAAAAAAGAGGAGAGAAGAAAAGGUUUCUUGUGUAGUGGGGGGACAAGCUCUGGUGAUGUUGAGCGAAUUUUUGGGUUCAGCUUUAUAGAAAGUGGAUCUCUCUCUUUAUGGCAUUUCCUCAGUUGCGGUGCUUCCACAGUGCUGCAUCACCUCCUAGGACUGUUCCUCCCUGCAAAUCCAAUGAGAACCAACUGUUUUGUCUUGAGACUCUUACACAACAAAAGCAAAUACAUCGUUUACUGUUCUGUGCAUGGAUGGAGAUGUUUACAUAUUAAAUGCAUCAUUGGAUGUUUUGUG